CUAAUAUAUUGUUUAUGUGUGUCUCAGUGUGUUUGAGAGAAACUGUAUCGGGUGAUGGAAGACCACACGGUGCAUCAGACAGAGCACAUGACCACUAUCGAGGCCCAUGCCGUCUCUCAGCAGGUCGGGCAGGUGCAUGUCGCCACGUACACAGAGCACGGCAUGCUGAGCGCUGAUGAGGAUUCGCCCUCCUCGCCCGAUGAUGACGCUUAUGAUGACUCUGACAUCCUCAACUCAACUGGAACAGAUGAGGUCACUGCACAUCUGGCUGCUGCAGGACCUGUUGGCAUGGCAGCAGCCGCCGCUGUAGCAACAGGGAAGAAACGUAAACGGCCGCACAUCUUUGAAUCAAACCCUUCAAUCCGUAAAAGACAACAGACCCGCUUGCUUAGGAAGCUGAGAGCGACUCUAGACGAGUACACGACAAGGGUUGGCCAGCAGGCUAUUGUGUUGUGCAUCUCUCCCUCUAAACCAAACCCUGUGUUUAGAGUAUUUGGAGCGGCGCCAUUAGAGAAUGUGGUGAGGAAAUACAAAAGCAUGAUUCUGGAGGAUCUGGAAAAUGCUCUGGCUGAACAUGCGCCCCCUGGUGGUGGGGAGCUCACCUCUGAAUUGCCUCCACUGACUAUUGACGGCAUACCAGUGUCUGUGGACAAGAUGACACAGGCCCAGCUCAGAGCGUUCAUUCCAGAAAUGCUAAAGUAUUCCACAGGCCGUGGGAAGCCUGGCUGGGGGAAAGAGAGCUGCAAGCCCAUCUGGUGGCCGGAGGACAUUCCUUGGGCCAAUGUACGCAGUGACGUCCGAACAGAGGAGCAGAAACAGAGGGUGUCAUGGACGCAAGCCCUGAGGACUAUCGUUAAAAACUGCUAUAAGCAGCAUGGGAGAGAGGACUUGCUCUACGCCUUUGAGGACCAGAUCACCCCACAGCAAGUUGCCACAACAGCCACACACAGCAUUGCACACCUAGUGCCAUCACAGACCGUAGUGCAGACGAUCAGUAAUCCUGAUGGAACCGUCUCGCUCAUACAGGUUGGCACUGGAGCCACGGUAGCGACACUGGCAGAUGCGUCAGAAUUGCCAGGCACGGUGACAGUCGCCCAGGUGAAUUACUCCACAGUGACAGAUGGAGAGGUGGAGCAGAAUUGGGCCACCCUACAGGGAGGCGAGAUGACCAUCCAGACCACGCAAGCGUCGGAGGCCACGCAGGCUGUGGCUUCCUUAGCCGAAGCUGCGGUUGCUGCAUCACAUGAGAUGCAACAGGGGGCAACUGUUACCAUGGCACUCAACAGGGUCGCUGAAAAGGACAAAUGCAGAAGUUUCUUCAUCUACAAUGAAGCAGCAGCUCACGCAGUGGCGACAUUAGCGGAAGCGACUCUUCAGGGCGGAGGACAGAUCGUGUUAGCGGGAGAAACGGCGGCCGCAGUAGGAGCUUUAACUGGAGUUUCGGAUGGCAGUGGUCUCGUCCAGAUUCCAGUCAGCAUGUAUCAGACGGUCGUCACCAGUUUGGCCCAGGGAAAUCGACCCGUUCAGGUGGCCAUGGCUCCCGUAGCUACGCGCAUCGACAACACGGUAACACUUGACGGACAAGCGGUGGAAGUGGUGACCCUAGAACAGUGACAUACUCUACCCCUGCAGAUGUGUGGGACAGGAAAUUCAGCACCUAUGUGAAGUGGCUGCUGGAGUAUAGUGUAAAAAUAAUAUUUGAACCUGUUCACAUACGUCUGCAGGGGUUGGAUGGCUUUUUCCUGUUAAUAUUAUUAUUAUUUUUUUACAUUGUACACAGUUCAUUGUCUUACUUUUUUUUCUUUUUUUUUCUAGUGUUGUUA